ACAACACAAGACGACACCAGAGAGCCCCCCCCACAUUCCUUCAAAAUUCCAAAGUGUUAACACAACUCACAAACUCUCAACCUAUUAUUUGUCACUCGAAUUUCAAUUUCGCUUUCAAAAAUAUUUCCUAUACACAACAAACUUUCGAUUGAUUUUUCUGGUUGUUUUUCUUUCUGGAAAAUCUCUCAAAUCUUUACAUUGAUAUAUAUAUAUAUAUAUAUAUCUGGUAGCUAUCCGGAUUCCUUUGCUUGUGUUUACGUAGUGUUGGUAAGAAGAGUCUAAACUUGGUGCCAUGACUAAGGAUGUUGGCGGUGGUGGUUCAGGAACUCCUAAGCUCAGACGGCGAAAACACUCCAAUGAGAUACCUGCUGAAGUUACUAAACCAAAUGGGGGCGCUUUACUUGUGAAUGAUCGUAACAAGUACAAAUCGAUGUGGAUCCGCACAUAUUCUACCUUGUGGAUGAUUGGGGGCUUUGCCUUUAUUAUCUAUAUGGGGCAUCUUUAUAUAUGUGCUAUGGUGGUUGUGCUCCAAAUCCUGAUGGCGAAAGAGCUGUUUAAUCUAUUAAGGAAGGUGCGAGAGGAUCGAGAUCUUCCGGGUUUUCGGCUAUUGAAUUGGCACUUUUUCUUCACUGCUAUGCUGUUUGUCUAUGGUCGAUUUCUUAGUCAGCGGCUUGUCAAUACUGUCACUUUAGACAAAGUAUGGUACAAGUUUGUUGGCAUUCUUAUCAAGUACCAUAUGGUUAUUUGUUACUUCUUGUACAUUGCAGGUUUUGUGUGGUUUAUCCUCACUCUAAAGAAGAAAAUGUACAAGUAUCAGUUUGGCCAGUAUGCAUGGACGCACAUGAUCCUUAUAGUUGUGUUCACACAGUCAUCAUUCACUGUGGCCAACAUCUUCGAAGGAAUGUUUUGGUUUCUUCUUCCUGCAUCACUUAUUGUCAUAAAUGAUAUUGCGGCUUAUUUAUUUGGCUUUUUCUUUGGGAAAACACCUUUGAUCAAGCUUUCUCCGAAGAAAACUUGGGAAGGCUUUAUUGGGGCUUCCAUUGCAACCAUCAUUUCAGCGUUUCUGCUUGCAAAUUUCAUGGGUCAGUUUGAGUGGCUAACCUGUCCAAGAACGGACUUAACCACUGGAUGGCUCCAAUGUGAUCCUGGAUGGCUUUAUAAGCCGGAGUAUUAUCAGCUUCCAGGAUGGAUUUCUAAUUUGUUGCCUUGGAAGACGAUUCCCAUUAUGCCAGUUCAAUGGCAUGCUUUAUGUUUCGGCCUAUUUGCUUCAAUUAUAGCACCUUUUGGAGGAUUUUUCGCUAGCGGCUUUAAAAGAGCUUUCAAGAUCAAGGACUUCGGUGAUAGUAUCCCUGGACAUGGCGGAAUUACCGACAGAAUGGAUUGUCAGAUGGUGAUGGCUGUCUUUGCCUAUAUUUAUCAUCAGUCUUUUGUCAAGCCACAAAGCUUAUCUGUUGAUACUAUCUUAGACCAGAUAUUGGUAAACCUUACAUUCGAAGAGCAACUAGAUCUUUACCGUAAGCUCGGGGAAAUCUUGCAUCAGAAAACAUUCGGACUUCUUUAAAUCUAUGGGCGUGCUUUUCAGAUAAUGGCUAACUUAAGCUUGGUUUGCUUUGUUUCUGGAAAACUAAACCGUGACAAUGUCGACAAUUUGUCUUGUACAUGUGGGAUGGACAUAGGAGCUUGGAGGUCUUUUAUCUUUGUAUUUUUUCUAGUUGCCAGUUGGGUGUAUAAUCUUUAAUUUAAAUUCUUGUUUCUGGUAUUUAUUUAGUUCAGUGAUUUUAGGAUAGUUUGGAAAUUUAUUUUAUUUUGCUAAGAAAAAUAAAUCUCUUAAACCUUGUAUAUCAGGGAUGAACGUAACAAAAGUGUGGAUUCGAGCACUUAUAUUCAUGCAGGGAUUUUUUGUAGUGUUCUUUUAGUGCGUUGUUUAAGAGAAGAAUUCAUA